GUGAGCGUGUGUGAGCGCCACUGCGCUCUCGUCACACCGUUUUCACUUGCUAUCGCUACUCUCAUUGCGAGUGAUUGCUUGCUCGUUGAAAUUGUCUGCAGUACGAACGCGAUCCAUAUUGGCGUCGUCAUCGCUGGCAAAGUAAAAAAAACAAGGCUACGAAGAACCGUUGGAGAGUCAACGAUACUGCAUUCGUGACUCAUUCUCCGAUAUGCUCUCACAUCCUCUCUUUGUGCCACAUUUGUGCUUGCUUUUCAGGUCUAUUUCGAGGGCGCCAAGCAUGGUUGGCGAGUGUUUUAUUAGUGUCGAAAUGAAUUUAGUACUGCUUUGUAGCUUUCAUUGUUGAGAUAACAAAUCGUUGUGUGUGACGGUUGGCGAUUUUUUCUAACAUACAUACAUACACAUUUUUAAGCAUGCAUUCAUACGUACAUACAGAUGUGCAUGCAGUGAAAAGAAUUCUGAAAUAAGACAAGUGAAGGCGCACAUUUUUUUACGGCAACGAAAGUGGUUACAUAAUUCACGGCAAAUAUAUGUACAUACAUACAUAUGAGUGCUUACAUACAUACAGCUGCACGCGCAUAAUUUGUAUUUAUGUUUGCAUAACAACAACAAUACAAGCUAGCACGUUCGGAAGUUGAAUGCGGCAGCAGCAGCGCCAGCAAAAGCUACAGCUGAUUUCAUUUAACGCGUUCAUAUUGUUGUUGCUGCUUUUCUUUCGUCAAGUGCUAAACGUGAAUCAUUCGAGAGCAAGCAAUCAUUAACACCUGUCCGCGCGACAAGUUGCCAAAAUAGAGACCACCACAUAGGUAGCAACAACAAGCAACAGCAACAAAAGCACUGGCAACAGUAAAGAAAAGCACAAGUGUAAUUGUUAUUGUUAUUGCAGCAACAACGCGCGUGCCGAGGUUUCUAACAGUGCAGCAACAGUGGCGCAGGCGUCAAGCAGCUUUUUGAAUACUAACAGAUAAACCGAUGUACAUAUGUAUGUAUAUGAAAAAAACCGGUUAACGACGAGCUUGUACCGUGCGCUUGAUUACGCCGUUUUCAUCAUUGUUGUUGCUGUUGUUGCUAUUAUCAAUGCACACGCGUUUUUCAUAACCCACAACAGACAAAACUGGUUCGGUUACGUCGUCCUCGUCGUCGUCGUCGUCUUGACGCUAACAAAUCUUGUACCGGUUAAGCGAGUUUCUCGUGCUGACUGGUUUUUUUAACGCUAACAAGACAUUGAGCAGCGGUGUUUAAGUGUUCUGGUUUGCUGUUUUUAGUUAUUAUUACUAAGGUUGUUGCUGUUUUGUUGUUGUUUCGUUGUGUCUUGUUUUCAAAUCGUCGGGGAACAUUUGAACGUUAAACAGGCUUUGGCAUUUAUCAUUACAGUUUGAGCCGUCGAACAUGGCAAAGAACGCAGUUCGUAUUAAGCAUAAAACAGUAACGGAAAUCAGUAGGAAAAAGAAUCUGCUCUGAGUAUGCAGGCAAAAAUAAAUCGUUUACAAAAAUGGAGAACAGCUGGACUAAACCACAAACUGAAGUAUUAAUUUCCAUACUCGAACGUUAUCCUGUACUCUAUAAGUGUGCACAUAAAGAUUUCUCCAAGUCAUAUGUGAAAGAGAAGGCCUAUAGGGAUAUUGUAGCACAAUUUGUAGAUGUCAAACCGGAUGUCACAAUAAAUUCAUUGAAAAGGAAGAUCAAAACUUUACGCUCUCAAAUGUGGGCAGAAGAACGAAAGCGAUUAUCACGUCGAAAGGGUAACAAAGACAUAUAUCAGCCAAAAUUAUGGUGUUACAAACAACUACAAUUCCUACUCAACUCCAAUGAGGAUUAUCUAGAUGAGGAUGAAGAUAUACUAGAAGAAGACGAAGAGGAAGCUGAUGCCAAGAGUGCCAAAGAUUACAUCGACAUCGAUCAGACGGUACUAGAGCCGAGUCCACAACGCAUACGUAAUAUACUGACGUUAGAAGAGCGUGUGGCCGCUAUAGAGGCUUACGAUUGCCGACCGAUGUACACGAAGGUGGCGAAAAUGUUCAAUUGUAGUUGGGAGCAAAUUAAAAACAUUAUCGCCAAUCGGGACGCCAUCAUGGAAUUCUACAUGGCGACAAGAAAUGCAGAAACGCAAAAUGAUACCAAUCGUGUUGAGGUGCGUUCACGUAAGAUAAGCUUUCUCGGUGAGUGUCUCUACGAGUAUAUACAACGUGCACAAUUUCACACCAAAGCGCACAUAACGGAAGAUUUAUUACGCAUGAAAGCUAUCGAGUUUCGUGAAAUGAUACAAAUCGAUAAUUUUAUGCCAAAUAAAACAUGGAUCAAUCACUUCAAGGCGACCUACAACUUUUCGCUCUCAAAUCGUCAAAUAACAAUCACUCGUACACCGCCCAUGUCGUUGGAUUUGAAGGACAUCAUGACGUAUUGCACGAAGAAUAAAGCAAAAGUGUCGACAGCGAAUCAGGUCCUGUCUGGGUUGGAGAGUAGGGAAUCGGAUCUUUACCGUACCACGACACGCAUUGCCAUCUCUGGUGAGAAUGAGGCGGCAUUGCAGGAGAUGAAACAGCGGCGUUUACGUAAGAUUAACUUUCUGAAAAAGACGCUGUUCGAGUAUUGGCAGCGUGCGAGUCAUCAUCACAAGAUGCGCAUGAAUGAGAAUUCGUUGCGGAAGGUCGCUUUUGAAUUGAAGGAAAUGCUGAAGAUUGACAAUUUUUAUCCGAGCAAAGAGUGGUUAAACAAUUAUAUUACCGUUACUUAUCCAACAAUGCUCAGCCAAACGGAUGAUACCCGACCGCCGCCACUUUCACUGGAUUUGAAAGACAUUUUGAGCUUUUGCAGUCGACAGGAGAAUAAAAAACAAGCGCCGAGCACCAUAACGCUCGCACCGAAAGAAGCCACACAACAGCAGCAGGUAAGCAGAACAGCAACAACAACACCGCCAGUCACCGCGCCACUUGUACAAAUACACACAUUCAAUUUGCACCGCAAUGACGAUGUGGGUGCGCAUGAGCGCAUGCCGUACCCAACGGCAAUCGCCAAGACAACAGCAACAGCAACAACCACGACAACUAGAACGCUGCCAACGAAAAUUAAAGAAGAAGUGAUAGACCUGGACGCGGAUGAGGAGGAGCAGGAUAUCAAACCGAAUGUACAUGAACUGGUGCCUCCACCCGAAACACCAGAAGCGGCGGGAGGUGAAACAAAAAUAACGGCAACAAAGGCAACUAUAAACACAAUAGCGCUUACAAAUGAAAAGCAACAACAAAAAGUCAAUUUGAACGCCGAGAAUUGCAGUUCAAUUCAACAACUGCCAGCUUUAAGAGUGGUGAGCUUAAGCACUCUGGUACCACCACCACUAGCGCCCCUUCCCGCGGGAACCUUACCAACUAUAACACUGCCAACGGCAUCACAACAGAUUUCGUCGCCAGUUGCCACACAAGCCGCAGCCUUACUAGAAACAGCAAUUAAUAGUCGAAAGCGUCCAAGCGUCGAAAUUGAUUUCCCACAUCAACCUUUAAAAAUACACAAAAUCGAAUCGAUUGGCGCACAAAUAAUUGAUAAACCUAUACCCAGUCCUGGCCACUGGUCGGAGCAUAGUGAUCCGGACGAAGAAGAGUUGCCAAGGCAUGUGAAAAACUAUAAAGAUGCACUCAAACUCUUGAAACCCCUGGAGGAGUUCGCAAUGUUGGAGGAGAACUAUCGUGUUAUCGGUCUAAUAUCACAGCUGGAAGAUAUAUUCAAGCAUCCACCACACAAGGACGACACUUAAUCAGAGUUAAUGGCACAAUUUAGAGCUUAAAUUACGAAAAAUAUAUGUGAUUCCUAUGAAAGUUGCCUUGAGCGGUGCCUGGUGACUUGUUUUAAAGUCAUUACCGCUAUAAUAGUUAUUUGCGCAUAAAAUCAAAGAAUGAAACAGAUAUACAUAUGUACAUAAGUAGUGAGAUAAAAAGCUUGUGCAAUCAUUAUGUUCAAAAUGAGUCAAGUAUUGACGCUUAACAAACGAAAUUCUACUUUCAAUUUGUUAAUAUAGAAGAAACAUAUGUACAUAGGUGUGGUUUAAUUUAAGAAUCAUAUUGUUGUUGUUGUAUCGGUCUUGGAAAGACGCUUGUUUAGUAAGCUAGUUUACAUUCUCUAUGGACUUUUGGAAAAUAUUUUUAUCAUCUUACGUUUUUAAAAGUCCUUUAAUAACAGACUCAUGAUUAAAACUCACUUAUUAAUCAAUUCGUUAAUUUUUCAAUUAAAUAAAUUAAUUUUUAUUU